AUCAGGGGCGCCUCUCAGCGGCUGAAGCCCCCGCCGCCGUCACCCGAGGAGGUGCCAGGCGACGAGCCACCUUUCGGCAGCUGGAAGUCGCCGAAGUUCGACGCCGCCGGGCCAGGACCUGCAGCUCGAGCUGCGCGUCUACCGGCCGGUCAACCCGCCUGCUCCCGGGCAGGAUCGCGGGGGGACUGCGCCGUGUUCCUGACCGCGCCCCGGGGCACGAACCUCGCCUGCCGGCUGCUGGUCGGCACCGCGUCCCAGAGUUUCGAGAAGAGAUUUGCCUCUGACCGCGACGUGCUGGGCACGGGCCGGCUCUGCUUCCUGGAGGAGCAGGUGGACCAGGUGGCGAACAAGCUGUCGGUCAGCGUGGAGGUCCUGGAGUCCAUCUGCGAGCUCGAGCGGCCCGCCGCGCCGAAGCCGGGCUCCGAGGAGGAGGCCGAGGCGGCGGCCGCGGCUCUGGUCGCCGAGGCGAACGGGGAGGAGCCGCUGAACGCCGCGUUCGUGCUGCACCGCCAUAUCUCGGCGGCGCCUCCGAGGGGUGGAGGUCUCGGCUUCAACGCUCGCGGCCUGCCGGCGUGCCCGUGGGCGCCCAGUGGUGUUAUGUCGGGCGUGUCCCCCUACAGGGGGAUUUUCGACGAAAGAUAAAGAGUACCC